UCCAGGCACAACAGACCAGGCAGCCCGCAGCAAAGCAAGAUGUGUCAUCAGAAGCUAACCAUCUCCUGGUUUGCCAUGGUUUUGCUGGUAUCUCCACUCAUGGCCAUGUGGGAGCUGGAGAAAGAUGUUUAUGUUGUAGAAGUGGACUGGCAUCCCGAUUCCCCUGGAGAAACAGUGACCCUCACCUGUGACACUCCUGAAGAAGAUGGCAUCACCUGGACCUCAGACCAGAGACGUGGAGUCAUAGGCUCUGGAAAGACCCUGACCAUCACUGUCAAAGAGUUUCUAGAUGCUGGCCAAUACACCUGCCACAAAGGAGGUGAAACUCUGAGCCACUCACAUCUGCUGCUCCACAAGAACGAAAAUGGAAUUUGGUCCAGAGAAAUUUUAAAAAACUUUAAAAAUAAGACUUUCCUGAAAUGUGAGGCACCGAAUUACUCCGGACGGUUCACCUGCUCGUGGCUGGUGCAGAGAAACACCAACUUGAAGUUCAACAUCAAGAGCAGCAGUAGUUCCCCUGACUCUCGGGCAGUGACAUGUGGAACAGCAUCUCUGUCUGCAGAGAAGGUCACACUGAACCAAAGGGACUAUGAGAAGUACUCAGUGGUGUGCCAGGAGGAUGUCACCUGCCCAACUGCCGAGGAGACCCUGCCCGUUGAACUGGUGUUGGAUGCACGGCAGCAGAAUAAAUAUGAGAACUACAGCACCAGCUUCUUCAUCAGGGACAUCAUCAAACCAGACCCGCCCAAGAACCUGCAGGUGAAGCCUUUGAAGAACUCUCAGGUGGAGGUCAGCUGGGAGUACCCUGACUCCUGGAGUACUCCCCAUUCCUACUACUCCCUCAAGUUCUUUGUUCGAGUCCAGCGCAAGAAAGAAAAGAUGAAGGAGACAGAGGAGGGGUGCAACCAGAAAGGUGCGAUCCUGGUAGAGAAGACCUCUACCGAAGUCCAAUGCAAAGACAUGAAUAUCUGCGUGCAAGCCCAGGAUCGCUACUACAAUUCCUCGUGCAGCAAGUGGGCAUGUGUGCCCUGCAGGGUCUUAUCCUAGGAUACAACUUUGGAAGGAAAGAAAAAUAGAAGACCUUAGGAAAGAAAAAUUUAAACUCAGGAUGGAAAAAAACUUCAAAAGCUAUUUUCUGCUUGGUUAGCUUUCUCUAGUUUUUCUAAGCUCAUCAUGACAUCUUUGCUAUAUUUCUAUAUGUAAUUGUUUAAAUGCUCACCGAGACAAUGAGCUAAUUUAUGCAUAUAUAUUUUAGCAUUCCACUUGGCCUUAUGCUAUUGAAAUAUUUAAGGAAUUUAUGUAUUUAUUAAUUUAUUUCUGUAUUUAACAUUUGUACACCAAGAUGUAUUGAAUAUUUCAUGUGCUCGUGGCCUGAUCCACAGGGACCAGGCCCUAUUAUACAAAAUGUGAACUUGUUAUCUUCUUCUACAGCUUUUCAACAAAGGCUGUGUAGGCACAUUGGCUUUUGUGACAACCAAUAAGAACAUAAUAUUCUGACGCAAGCAGGAUUAUAUAUUUGUGACCAGUAAAGACAAAGGUGGUAUUUAGAAACAUGAAGAAGCUGUAAAGUAAACUCUGAAGAACUUAGGACUAGUUUUAACACCAAGGAAGACUUCUUAGAAAUUAUAUCGAUAAGAAAUCAGGGCCUUCUUUGGAAAGGAACCCUUUGGGCACUUAAAUUUAAAAGAAUGUUUAAAGGCCAAGUAUUGGUGGCAUAUGAUUUUAAUCCCAGCACUCAGGAGACUAAGGCAGGCAGAUCUCUGUGAGUCUGAGGACAGCCUGGUGUACAGAGUGAGUCCUAGCACAGCCAGGGCCACACAGAAAUUCUGUCUCAAAAACAAUUUUAAAAAAACUAGAAAUUGAAAUCCAGGUUUGGGUAUAUAGCUCAGAUGGCAGGGUGGUUGCCUGACAUUUAUGAAGAACUGGCUUUGGUCCUCAACACUGCAUAAACUAAGCAUGGUGGUGCAUAUCUUAAUCCUAGCACUGGAGAGAGAGAGGCAGAAAACUCAGAAGUUCAAUGUCAUCCUUAGGUACAUAACAAGGCCAGGUUGGGCUGCAUGAUAGCAAGAUAAACUAUCUCAAAAAGAAGCAAAGGAAACAGGGGUGGGGAGAGUCAACUGCUUGCCUCCUUGGCAGUGCCUUCCUCCAAUACUCAUAAGACACCGGAGCAGAGACAUCCUGGGUGUCUGAAAGAACAGAGACUUUUGAAAUUUGAGGGGAAAGAUACUGUAGCUGUGACUAAAGAACAUAAAAUCCAGCGUGGCUUAAUAGCCACACAAAUAGAUGCAAAGAAAACCAUCCAGGACCACCAUGUCAUCAGCCUGAGUGAACCUAAGGUGCAGAUGUGACCAGACAAGAUCCAUCACGCCAUGAAGACACUACCACUACAAAAGGACACAGCAGCGGCCACGCUUCCUGUAGUGCCUUGAAUUUACUUUUCAUGCGUUGAUUUGUUUGUUUGUGCUUUCCGAGACCAAAUAAAUAAAAGCCCUUCUUUGCAG